AGGCACAGAGCCGAGCAGGCAGCCGUGGGCGCCAGGACGAUGCUGCGUCUCUGGCUGCUCCUCACUGGGUUGGUGGGGCCGGCGCGGGGCGCCUGGCCAGGGCCCGAGGCUGCCUGGCCGGGGCCCGAGGCUGCCUGUGGUCCUGAGGGCUGCUACGUUGUCUUCUUCCAGCGCCGCAGCUUCCUGGAGUCCUGGCGGAACUGCCGGGAGCGUGGCGGGAACCUGGCCACGCUCAAGCGCCAUGAGGAGGCCGCCCAGGUGGCAGAGCUUCUGCAGGCCACGGGCCCAGGUACAGGGCAGCAGCGGCUCUUCUGGAUCGGGUUGCAGCGCCAGCCACGCCAGUGCUUCCCCCAGCGCCCACUGCGUGGUUUCACCUGGACCACCGGCGACCAAGACACGCUCUACACCAACUGGGCGCAGGCUGAGCCGGCUGGGGGCACCGCUUGCUCGGCCUCGCGCUGCGUUGUGCUGAGCUAUGGCCCGGCCACGCAGGAGAAUUUCCAGUGGCUGGAGGGUUCGUGCACCCUGCCCGUGGACGGCUUCUUGUGCCGCUUCAGCUUUGCCGGCAUGUGCCAUGGGCUGGCCACGGAGGAGACAGGGCCCGUGAGCUAUACGACGCCCUUCGGCCAGGUCAGCAGCACCCUGAGCCACAUCCCCUUCGGCACGGUGGCAUCCGUGGCCUGUGGCAGCGCAGCCCCAGUCUCGGUGCUGUGCAUGCAGCGGGACGACGGCUCCGUGGGCUGGUCCAAGGAGGAGCCCCUGUGUGGGGAGGAGCAGGGGGACUGGUGCGAGGGUGACAAUGGGGGCUGCCAGCAGCUGUGCGUGGACGAGGGUCCCAGCUACUCCUGCGAGUGUCACGCUGGCCACGCCUUGCUGCCCGACGGGCGCUCCUGUGCCCCAGCCGAUGGCUGCCAGAACCACCCCUGCCAGUUUGAGUGCGUGACUGGAGAGGACGGAGGGUACCGGUGCUUGUGCCCCGUGGGCUACAGGUUGGCCAGCGACGGGCACGCGUGCGAGGACACGGAUGAGUGUGCCACGGACCCAUGUGAGCAGCUGUGUGACAACUUCCCUGGCGGCUUCCAGUGCCGCUGCCAGCUGGGCUACGAGGACGACGGGGCCGGGGGCUGCGCCGACCUGGAUGAAUGCAGCUCCGCCCCGUGCGAGCACCAGUGCGAGAACACUGAGGGCUCCUACCUGUGCCUGUGCCACCUGGGCUUCAGCCCAGCCGAGGAGGCGCCGCAGCACUGUGUCGACAACGACGAGUGCCAGAUCCCUGGCGUCUGCCAGCAGAUGUGCGUCAACUACGUGGGCGGCUUCGAGUGCUACUGCACCGAGGGCUACGAGCUGGAGGCUGACGGCAUCAGCUGUGCCCCCCUGGCAGAGCCCCCCGCACUGGCCACCAGGCAGCAGACCUUCUACCCACACUUCAGGGACCAACAGGAGUGGGGGGCGGAGGUGCUGCAGGUUUUGGGGACGGAUGAGCCUUUCAGCCUGACCCAGGAGUUCCCCGACCCCAGCACUGGCCACUCAGCCCCUCGCCCCUCCACUAUCCCACCAGCAUCCACCACCAGCCCCCCAAUCCCUUCCACAACCACUGGUCCCCCAGACCCCACCACCAGCCCCCCAAUCUCUUCCACAACCACUGGUCCCCCAGACCCCACCACUGGCCCCCCCAUCCCCAGUAGCACCAUCCUGAUCCCUCCCACAUCCACUGCUCCCCCAGAGCCCACCAAUGCCCCCACAGUUCCUCACACCAGCCCCGCUAUCAGUCCCACAAUUGGCCCCCCAACCCCCAGCCCCAGCCCCCCAAGCUCCAAAUCUCCAAGGUCCCCUGGUGCUCCUGCCUCACCCUACAGUGGGGGGGAGGGGGACCCUGCGGCAGACAGGGCCAGGGCGCCGCUGCCCCCUUCAGAAGACCCCAGCACCUCUCCAGGUGGGGAGCGGGCACGGAGGAAGCGGGAUGACCGGUGGCUGCUGGUGGCACUGCUGGUGCCCCUCUGUGUCUUCCUGGUGAUCAUGAUGGCAUUGGGCAUCGUGUACUGCACCCGCUGCGGCGCCAGAGCCAAGAGCCGCAGCGUCACACAGUGCUACCGCUGGGUCACCAGUGCGGGCGGCAAGGGCCCCCCCCACCCCUCUGCAGGGGCCCACCUGACCACCUGCCGGACCAGCGUCUGAGACUGUGGGGGCCCAGAACACAAAGGAACCAGGACUCGCCCCCUCCUCAGCCGGGAGAUGACACCCCCUGGCUGGGAUGCCAGGACUGGCCUGCAACCCUCCCCAGCUGAGACCCUAGAGCCACCCCGUAGCCCCUGGCUGGGACAUGGAGGCCGACGCCCUGACUGGAGCAAGGGCCCUGCAGCCACCCUACCCCCUGGCUGGGACAUGGACCCCCAUUUAUUUCCCAACUCCCCAGCUGGAGCAUGGUCCCCCCACAACUGUCCUGCCUCCAUCAGCCUGGAAUUGCGCAGUGGCUGUCCUGGAGAUGGAAUCACCCUCACCCCAGGGCUGGCACUAGGACUAGGACAGGGCCCCACGAUCCAGGGCAGAGAUAUGGAUCCCCUACACGCUGCCUGGGACACGCCCCCCUCCCAUCUCCAGGGCUGGGUUCCUCCUUAUCUUGCUCCUUGGACUUCUGCUAAAUGGACACAGGAGCCGCCCCCACUGCUCCAGGGCCCCCUCUGAUAGUGGGGAACCUCUGAUGGGACCCAUUGCUACCCCCACCCCAGAAAAGCUUCGAGAAACUGACAGGGAUGGAGAAGUGCCCGCAGGACUUGAGAGACCUCUGGAAUUAGGGGUCACGGAGCCAAGAGGGGAGGGAAGUGGGGGCCUGGAGCUAGGGGAAGGGGGAGUCAUGGGAGGCUCAGGAUAGGGGUUGUGGGUGGUCUCAGGGAGAGAAUGUGGGGGGCCUCUGGGGGCGUGGAGGUUCAGGGGGCCUCCAGAUGCUGUUCCAUUCUUAACGUGUGUUGCUCUCACAAUAAAGGGGUGGAGCCCGCACUGCCUGCAGCUGGACAGCUUUACUGGGGUGGGGGCUGGGAGUCAGGACUCCUGGGUUCUGUUCCCAAACAGUUUUACUGAGAGGGAGGGAGUCAACCCCUGACUCCAUGAUGGAAACCUUGGAAUUGGCAUUGUGUGCGAAAUCUGUGGGGUCAUUGGCUACUGAGCCCCACACUCAGCCCCCUAGCCAUCCAGGACUCCUGAGUCGAUCCCAGCCCUGGGAGGGGAGUGGGGGCUGGUGGGUUAGAGUGCGGGGGAGGCCACUACUCAUGGGUCCCCCUGGGAGCAGGCAGGGAUGUUUGAAUCUGCUGUUGCCUCUGUAAUUAAAGCCCCUGGUGGCAGGAAGCUCCCUGUACCAACUCCGCUCUCCCCUGGGGCUUUCCCACCAAGUGAGCGAUGGUCCCCCAGAGUCUGUGUCCCACUGGGGUGGGCUGGGACAUGGCUCCCCCACUUAACCCUUCACUAAAGCCAGGAGCGUCCCACCCCCCUGUCCUGUGGUAAGCUGGGCUGUCUUCAGCUCUUACACUAAGCGGGGGCAGGUCUGUGGAUGAGAGACCUCCAGGAGGCUGUGAGAAGAGGUUGAGGCUCACUUCCCGCCCUAAAGGAUCCUGCAAUGAGCAGUUACCCAGUCGCUGCGCCUCACUCCAGAGGUGGCUGCAUCUCUGCGCUGGGUGAGGGAUCCCUGCCCCAUGCUCAGCCCCAGCAGUGGCUUCAUCUCAGUGCCAGGUGAGGCAUCCCUGCGUAAACAGCCCCCAAGCGCCACCCCAGAGGUGGCUGCAUC